GCGCGGCCGCCUGUCUGCACCGGCAGCACCAUGUCGCUCAUGGUCGUCAGCGUGGCGUGUGUUGGGUUCUUCUUGGUCCAGAGGGCCUGUCCAUACACGGGUGAUCAGGACAAGACCUCCCUGUCUGCCCAGCCCAGCGCUCUGGUGCCUCAGGGAGGACACGUGACUCUUCGGUGUCACUAUCGUCGUGGGUUUAACAACUUUACCAACUUCACUCUGUACAAAGACGACAGAAGCCACGUUCCCAUCUUCCACAGCAGAAUAUUCCAGCAGAGCUUCCUCAUGGGCCCUGUGACCCCGGCACACGCAGGGACCUACAGAUGUCGGGGUUCAUACCCGCACUCCCCCACUGAGUGGUCGGCACUCAGUGAACCCCUGGCGAUCAUGGUCACAGGAGUCCACAAAAAACCUUCCCUCCUGGCCCUCCCAGGUACCCUGGUGAAAUCAGGAGAGACAGUCAUCCUACAAUGUUCCUCAGAUACCGUGUUUGAGCACUUCUUUCUGCACCGUGAGGUGACCUUUGAGGAGCCCUUGCACCUUGUUGGAGAGCUCCAUGGUGGGAGUUCCCAGGCCAACUAUUCCAUGAAUUCCACGACGUCUGACCUUCCAGGGACCUACAGAUGCUACGGUUCUGUCACUCACUCCCCCUAUGUGUUGUCAGCUCCCAGUGACCCCCUGGACAUCGUGAUCACAGGUCUAUAUGAGAAACCUUCUCUCUCAGCCCAGCCGGGCCCCACAGUUCAGGCAGGAGAGAACGUGACCUUGUCCUGCAGCUCCCAGACCUCGUUUGACAUGUACCAUCUAUCCAGGGAGGGAGAGGCCAAUGAACUUAGGCUCCCUGCAGUGUCUCGUGUCAAUGGAACUUUCCAGGCCAACUUCCUUCUGGGCCCUGCCACCCACGGAGGGACCUACAGAUGCUUCGGCUCUUACCGUGACUCUCCCUAUGAGUGGUCAGACCCGAGUGACCCAUUGUCCGUUUCGGUUACAGGAAACCCUUCACGUAGUUGGCCUUCACCCACUGAACCAAACUCCAAAACCAGUAUCCCCAGACACCUGCAUGUUCUGAUUGGGACCUCAGUGGUCAUGAUCCUCUUCACCAUCUUCUUCUUUCUCCUGCAUCGCUGGUGCUCCAACAAAAAGAAUGCUGCUGUAAUGGACCAAGAGCCUGCGGUGGACAGAACAGUGAACAGGGAGGACUCUGAUGAACAAGACCCUCAGGAGGUGACAUACGCACAGUUGGAUCACUGCGUUCUCACACAGGGAAAAAUCACUCGCCCUUCUCAGAGGCCCAAGAGACCCCCAACAGAUACCAGCGUGUACAUGGAGCUUCCAAAUGCAGAAUCCAGAUCGAAAGUUGUCUCCUGCCCAUGAGCACCACCGUCAGGCCUUGAAGGGGUCUUCUAGGGAGGCAACAGCCCUGUCUCAAAACCGGCUUCACAGCUCCAAUGUACCAGCCGCAGGAAUCUGAAGCUGUGAGUCUGCAUCUUAGGGCAUCGCUCUUCCUCACGCCACGAAUCCGAACGUGCCUCUCUCUUGCUUACAAAUGUCUAAGGUCCCCACUGCCUGCUGCAGGGAAAACACACUCCUUUGCUUAGCCCACAAUUCUCCAUUUCACUUGACCCCUGCCCACCUCUCCAACCUACUGGCUUACUUCCUAGUCCUACUGGAGGCUGCGAUCACACUGAGGAACUCACAGUUCCAAACAUACAAGAGGCUCCCUCUUAACACAGCACUUAGACGCAUGCUGUGCCACCUUCCCUCAUGCUGUUCCACCUGCCACCAGACUAUCUUUCAGCCUUCUGUCAGCAGUGAAACUUAUAAAUUUUUUUUUCAUUUCAACGUAGCUCUCUCCUCUUCAAAUAAACACCACUGCCCUCA